AGGCAUGGCCUCGACAUGCAGAACGACGCCGGCAAGUUCGUGAACCUGAACGUACCUCGGAAAUGCUCCGCGAGCAACCGCAUUAUUGGUGUCAAGGACCACGCAUCCAUCCAGAUGAACAUGGCUGAGGUUGACAGGGUCACAGGCCGGUUUAAUGGCCAGUUUAAAAUCUAUGCUAUCUGUGGGGCCAUUCGAAGGAUGGGUGAAUCAGGUGACUCGAUUCUCCGAUUGGCUAAAGCUGAUGGAAUUGUCUCAAAGAACUUUUGACCAGAAGAGAUCGGGGAAUAUUUGCUAUAAAUAAAAGUGAGA